CCUCCCUAUAUAUAGGGGAGAUCAGUUUCCAGUUGCCUCUUUUUGUUUGUCUUGCGUACAAUGCAAUGGCCUGUUAGUUACAUAUAUAGAGUUGUUCAGUAGAGGUGUUCAGCUAGACCUUGCCUCUACUGCUCCCAUUGAGGAGCUUCAUGACUGCAAUAUCACACCUUGUUCCUAAGCUCUUUGGCAUAAAAACUCUAUACUGAGCCCCCAGGCUGUUUUCUUCUGCCUCUAUAUUUUGGAUACCAGAGGUCCAGCUGGAGAAAACAAUCAUCUGCCACUGUGUUCAGUGAUUCAGGCAAACCUUAUUCGGUUUUGGAUCCAAGAGUUUGUGCAGGAGGGAACCCAUCUGAUACCAUCUAACUGCCCCUGUGCUCUGUACUGUCAGACUUCAUUCGAAAUGGCACACUCCCAUUCAGGCACAGAUGGCGGCUCUGCCCAGUUAUCCAUGCCCGCUGAGACUGAUCAUUCGGGGGCGGCUCCAAGGGUAGGAAACACCAGCUGGUGCUCCUGUGAAAACUGUGUGCCGAUGCCGAGUCUGCUUGAAUCUUUCUGCUGCCGAGAGGAGGAUAAACUGAAGAAGUACUUUAUUGGAAGGUAUUCAUGUAUCACACAGGUGAACGAGCUGCUUCAGUUAUGCAGUGAAGAGAAAAUCCUUGAAAACACCGGCAGAAAUGUAGAACAAGUUACCAACAUGUUCAUGCGUCGGGCCGCUUACAGAAACAUCUCAGACUGGAUCCAUGGUUCUUUAGGCUCCGGUAAUCGUAUUCCAUUACCAUCUUGUGUUGUGCAGCUGGUCCGUCGCAGGUAUCCUGAGCCUGAUGCGAACUAUAUGGGAUUUCAAAACCGGACUGAAAUGGCAGAAGGAGUGGCUGAUGAUUAAUCAUGAAUUACUAACUUUAUAGCAGGGGUCCUUAAACUUUUUAAACAGGGGGCCAGAUCACGGUCUCUCGGACUGUUGGGGGGCCAGACUAUAGUUAAUUCUCAAACUAUGCGCCCCCCCGCCCCCUGCUGCGCCCUCAACCCUGGCUACUACCUGCCUGUCUCAGUGUGGUCCUCAGCCCCAGUGCAUCAUGUCACCACGGCUCACCGGCAGAUACUAAUGAUGCUGGACGUGUCGGCCGGUGGGACCUGGGGACAACAUUGGGGCCAAGGACCAUGCUGAGGCAGACAGUUAGUAGCCAGUGGUGAGGACGCAUCGGAGGUGUGGGCCGGGUAAAUGACCUUGGGGGGGCGUAUCCGGCCCGUGGGCCGUAGUUUGAGGAACCCUGCUUUACAAAUUUAAAGUUGUAUUUUAUUUUAUUUUAAGAAUUGUCAAGGUAAGAUAGAGAUGCAAUAUAUCAUUUUGCAAAAACAACACCAGUAGUCUUUAGAAGCUGAAUAUGGUAAAGCAAUCUGAGGCUUAUUACAUUGGUGGUUACCCCAGAAGUUUGUACCCUGGGUAGGGCAGCUUUACCUUUCAUUAUAAUCUUCUUUUAUUAUAUGGAAUUUUGACAUUGGAAAUGACAUAGACAUUACUAAACCCAGAUUUAUUGUACAAGGCAUUAUUCCCAAGUACAGUAACAUUCUGAUGUUUGUGUAUCAUUGGAUUGGUGCAGAUAAAGACUUCUAAACAAAAUACUGCUUAUGUACUAGGAAUGUUAUUACAAUCAUUUCUUGUUGUUUGGUUGUAACUUACAACUUAUUACACAUUUAAAUAUAUAUAUAUAUACAUAUACAU